GUCUUCCUGGCCAGGCGGGGCGUUAUUUGUAUUCAGUUGGAUUUCAAGUGACGGUCGAUGAGUCUGUGCAGCGUACGAGCUUAGUUCAGUGACAGGACUUAGGGUAGUGACUUUGUCUACAGGCGGCGAAAUGGCAGUGAACACAGGCACCUCUCUUGUAUUGUCCUCCUUACUUUCACUGCUGUUAUUUGCUGGAAUGCAGAUGUACAGUCGACAGCUGGCUUCCUCUGAGUGGUUCACCAUUUUGGGCGGAUUCCUUGGCUCCGGACUUUUUAUCUUUUCCCUUACUGCCUUCAAUAAUUUAGAAAAUCUUGUCUUUGGAAAAGGAUUCCAAGCAAAAAUCUUCCCAGAAAUUAUAAUCUGCCUGUUUCUAGCACUCUUUGCCUCAGGCCUGGUUCACAGAGUGUGUGUUACCACUUGUCUGAUUUUCUCUCUCUUUGCUCUAUUCUACAUCAACAAAGUAUCUGCUGCUCUCUACCAGGCCUCAGUCCCUGUUAUGACUCAAACCAAAGCAUCAGCGAAGAGCAAGAAGAAGAAUUAAUUCUACUAUGCAAUGAAUUAAAUGUACAUUUUACAUUCCAUAGACCUAAUGGGUUCUGAAAGAUCAAUAAAUUUACUUUUGUUAUUUAA